AGGCAGUUGACAGCAGUAGCUGCAACGGUGAUCGCUGAGCUUCUACCAGGCAGCAUUUGCUGCAGUCUGCUGCCUGCCACUUUCUUCACAUCCAGCAAGAUUCCUCAGCAGCAGGCUUUUGGAGCAGGCUCUGCUCACAGGGGCUUGUUUAAGGAGCAUUUGGCGAAAUCAUUUUACCAAAGGAGGAGUGCCUUUUUCCUCUCUAUCUUGGGCCCUUCUUGUGUUUGGGCUUUUUUGCAUUGUGAAUUUUUGGAGCUGUUCUUGAGCCUGCUCUCUCUCUCCCAGCAACGAUCAUUCUGUAUUAGAUCUGUGCUACAUCACCAGCUCUCAUUAUGCUGUACACCGUAUCCCAGUUUGUUUUUUGCCUCUGCUAGGCAGCGGCAGCAUGGAUGGUGUUCUUGUGACGACCUCUGCUGAUUCUAUCAGUCCACUGCGGAUAGGCAUGCUGAGUAACCCUGCUGUAAAUGGGCGAGGACACAGACACACGGAAAAUUAACCACAGCUUUCUUCGAGACCACAACUAUGUGACUGAAGAUACUGCUUGCUGGAUGCAGCGUGUGUGGAUCCAGCUUUCUUCAGGAGCCUGAACAGGCUCUCCUUGGGGAAAUCUUGCUUUCUACAUUGCCUUGCGGAGGACAUGGAAGGGCAGAGCAUCUAUGAUGUUGAGUCUGAAGAUGGGGUUGGAGCUGACAUUAUUUCAACUGUUGAGUUCAACCAUACGGGAGAGUUGCUGGCAACAGGGGACAAAGGUGGUCGAGUUGUUAUAUUCCAAAGGGAGCCAGAGAGUAAAAAUGAGCCUUAUAGUCAAGGCGAGUACAAUGUUUACAGCACCUUCCAGAGCCAUGAGCCAGAGUUUGACUAUUUGAAGAGCUUGGAAAUAGAGGAAAAAAUAAACAAGAUCAAGUGGCUGCCACAGCAGAAUGCAGCUCACUCUCUUCUCUCCACAAAUGACAAAACUAUUAAACUGUGGAAAGUUACUGAACGAGAUAAGAGACCCGAAGGAUAUAAUUUAAAAGAUGAAGAGGGAAAGCUUAAAGAUCUUUCUACAGUGACCUCACUUCAGGUGCCUGUACUCAAACCCAUGGACUUGAUGGUAGAAGUCAGCCCCAGGAGAAUUUUUGCUAAUGGCCACACCUAUCAUGUCAACUCCAUUUCUGUCAACAGUGACUGUGAGACAUACAUGUCAGCCGAUGAUCUCAGGAUUAACCUGUGGCACUUAGCAAUUACAGAUCGGAGCUUCAACAUUGUAGAUAUAAAGCCGGCCAACAUGGAGGAUUUGACAGAAGUGAUUACAGCAUCUGAAUUCCAUCCCCACCACUGCAAUCUCUUUGUCUACAGCAGCAGCAAAGGAUCUUUGAGACUUUGUGACAUGAGGGCAUCAGCACUCUGUGACAAACAUUCCAAAUUUUUUGAAGAACCAGAAGACCCCAGUAGCCGCUCAUUUUUCUCUGAAAUUAUCUCUUCUGUCUCAGAUGUCAAAUUCAGCCACAGUGGCCGGUAUAUGUUAGCUAGGGAUUACCUCACUGUCAAAGUUUGGGAUCUGAACAUGGAAACAAAGCCUAUAGAAAUAUACCAGGUUCAUGACUACCUUAGAAGCAAGCUGUGCUCUCUUUAUGAAAACGACUGCAUCUUUGACAAGUUUGAAUGUGCAUGGAAUGGAUCUGACAGUGUCAUCAUGACAGGAGCAUAUAACAACUUCUUUCGAAUGUUUGACCGGAACACCAAGCGUGAUGUUACUUUAGAGGCUUCCCGAGAGAAUAGUAAGCCACGGGCAAUUCUCAAACCUCGCCGAGUGUGUGUGGGAGGCAAGCGAAGGAAAGAUGACAUCAGUGUUGACAGUUUGGACUUUACCAAGAAGAUCCUGCACACAGCAUGGCACCCAACAGAGAACAUCAUUGCUAUCGCAGCCACAAACAAUCUGUACAUAUUUCAAGAUAAAAUGAACUCUGAAAUGCACUAGGAUUCCUCAUUACAAGCAAGCCUUUGGAGAGUUGAAGGAUGUGAUCACUGCUUGAGCUGUGAUACUAAGCCUUUUACUUGGAAGCAAAUGCUGUUGAUUCAGUGGGACUUGCUCCCAAACAAGUGUAUUUAGAAUCAAGCUGUAAUGGAAUGGAUUCACCCUUUUAAUUACCCUACCAUCCAUAUCAUUGACAACCACAAAAUGUUUUAAUUCACUGCAACUAUUGCAAAUGUGUGUCAAAAUAAAUUCUCUAUUAAGGA